AUGUACGCAUUGCGUAGUCUGGUCUUGCUGUUCAUCGUGGUUCUCGUCGUGAACGUCAACGCUGCCUCAGUGCGAAGACAUGACACCUCAAGCACAAGUGCCCAGCCGCUUCGAUCGCUCAAGACCCCCGAUACUACGGACACGAAGCUUACGACCCGCGAAGAGAGGGUGAAUAUACCGGUCCCGAGACUCUCGAAGAUCAUCGAGCUGGCGUCGAGAGUGAGCCCUCAAGCUCAGGGCUCAGUAAGCUCAGUGGCGUAUGGCCAAAACGCACCCGUCGGACGUUUUCACUUUGUUGCGACUUGGAGAGAAGUCCAUGAAGCUCGAUGA